UCCCUGCCCUUGUACCCCAGGCUGUGGUGGAAGCACACGGCCUCCCUGAAGGUGGUCAAUGAGCCGGUCUUAGCAUUCACGCAGGGCAGCCCCGAGCGAGAUGCGCUACAGAAGGCCUUGAAGGACCUAAAGGGCCGGACGGAAGCCGUUCCAUGUGUGGUGGGGGACGAAGAGGUGUGGACGUCAGACGUGCAGUAUCAGGUGUCGCCCUUCAACCAUGGACACAAGGUGGCCAAGUUCUGCUAUGCAGACAAGGCCCUACUCAACAAAGCCAUCGAGGCCGCGUUGGCCGCCAGGAAAGAGUGGGACCUGAAGCCUGUUGCAGACCGGGCCCAGAUCUUCCUGAAGGCGGCGGACAUGCUGAGCGGGCCACGCAGGGCAGAGGUCCUUGCCAAGACCAUGGUGGGACAGGGUAAGACGGUGAUCCAGGCGGAGAUCGACGCGGCGGCUGAGCUCAUCGACUUCUUCCGGUUCAAUGCCAAGUUUGCCGUGGAGCUAGAGGGGCAGCAGCCCCUCAGCGUGCCGCCGAGCACCAACAGCGUCGUGUACCGGGGACUGGAGGGCUUCGUGGCGGCCAUCUCCCCCUUUAACUUCACGGCGAUCGGCGGCAACCUGGCGGGGGCGCCGGCCUUGAUGGGCAACGUGGUCCUGUGGAAGCCCAGCGACACGGCCAUGCUGGCCAGCUAUGCCGUCUACCGCAUCCUCCGGGAGGCGGGCCUGCCCCCCAACAUCAUCCAGUUUGUGCCAGCCGAUGGGCCCACAUUUGGCGACACUGUCACCAGCUCGGAACACCUCUGCGGUAUCAACUUCACAGGCAGCGUGCCCACCUUCAAACACCUGUGGAAGCAGGUGGCCCAGAACCUGGACCGGUUCCGCACCUUCCCACGCCUGGCCGGAGAGUGUGGGGGGAAGAACUUCCACUUCGUGCACCGCUCGGCCGACGUGGACAGCGUGGUGAGCGGGACCCUGCGCUCGGCCUUCGAGUACGGCGGCCAGAAGUGCUCAGCCUGCUCCCGCCUGUACGUGCCGCGGUCGCUGUGGCCGCAGAUCAAAGGGCGGCUGCUGCAGGAGCACGGCAGGAUCAAAGUGGGCGACCCAGCAGAGGAUUUUGGGACCUUCUUCUCCGCCGUGAUUGAUGCCAAGUCGUUCGGUCGCAUCAAGAAGUGGCUGGAGCAUGCCCGCUCCUCACCCAGCCUCACCAUCCUGGCCGGGGGCAAGUGUGACGACUCUGUGGGCUACUUCGUGGAGCCCUGCAUCGUCGAGAGCAAGGACCCUCAGGAGCCUAUCAUGAAGGAGGAGAUCUUCGGGCCCGUGCUGACCGUCUAUGUCUACCCGGAUGACAAGUACAAGGAGACGCUGUGGCUGGUCGACAGCACCACCAGCUACGGCCUCACGGGGGCAGUGUUCGCCCAGGAUAAGGAUGUUGUCCAGGAGGCCACAAGGAUGCUGAGGAACACGGCCGGCAACUUCUACGUCAACGACAAGUCCACUGGCUCCGUGGUGGGCCAGCAGCCCUUUGGCGGGGCCCGAGCCUCUGGAACCAAUGACAAGCCAGGGGGGCCCCACUACAUCCUGCGGUGGACGUCGCCCCAGGUCAUCAAGGAGACCCACGAGCCUCUGGGGGAUUGGCGCUACGCCUACAUGCAGUGAGCCCCGCCGGCGCCUCUGCUGUCUGUCCGGACGGCUGACCUCAGUGCCCUGGUCCCGCUCCAGCCCCUUGGACCUGCUCCCCGUGGGACGGCGCCCUCUCCAGGGCCAAGACUGCCCGCUUUCCCUGACUGGGCUACAUCCUGGCCUGUCCCACCCCUCGGGGGCAGGUACGGGCUCUGAUUUGAGACCGUGCUGGGGAGGAACAGGGCUGCCACCCCUUUAUCGCGGCUGUCCUAGAGAUUUCUAUCUGGCAGGUUCUCCACCUGUCUUCUUCUGCGCUGUGGCCCAGUGGCUUAGGGACCUGGGGAAUGGCAAUAGAGUGCCUUCCAGGAUCCCUUACAGGACAGGGAAGCAGCUCUGGGCCCCUUGGCGAACCUGAGCAUCCACAGAGUCUCCUGGCCUUGGCCUUGGCUCCUCCAGGGCUCCAGGAUGAGGUGUGACCUGGGGUGGCUGCGGGGCAUGGGGGCACCAGCUGGCCUGGCCUUCUUUGGUCUGGGCUGCCCACCUUCCUCACCAGCGGUUGGCCCACGCCCACCUGGGCCAGCAGGUACCUGGGCCUGACCAUAUGCCUUAGACACUCGUGCGCCUUUCCCCAGGGCACCUGUGUUCUCCUGAGGCCCAUGUGAUUCCUGGCAGUCUUCAUGUGGUGGGCUUGGGGGGCCGGCAGAAGCUACCUGGCGAGGUGCAGGAUUUGGUGGGCCUUCCCGUUUGGGCUAUGGUUUUGGAAAACCCUGGGUGGGCCUUUGUGCCAUCUAUCUCAGCUUGCCAUCAGCUCGCACCUCCCCGCCUGUGUUGGCCCAGGCUUUCCUGCAGGGGCUCGGCCCUCACAGGCUGUGGUAGAACAGGCCCGGGGAGACUGCUCCCACCUUCUCCCAGCCCCGAGAGCUGGCCUUGGGUUCCCGUCUGGCCUGGGCUGAGGAUGGCCCAUAGAACCUUCCCUCCUUUGCACAGAGGUGGCUCUGUGUGGACUGCCCCUAGGCGGCCUGUUCUUCGACGUAGCCAGCUGGUGGACACUCAGAACCCCUGCGAAUUGGACUGCAGGGGGCUGAGGAUCAAUAAGGGGUGACGUUGGAGGACGGUUUUUACGGCGCCCCAAGAGUCCUGGCCCUUCGUCAAGGACAACUAGCAGGGGUCCCCGUGGGGCUGGCCCCGAGCACCAUGGUUGCACACUGUGGCCCGCGACCCAGGGUCAGGCUGCCGGGGCAGAGCGUUAGUUCUGCCUGGAGAGGCCAGGGCAGUCGGCCGGGGAGAGGCGCUGGAGGUGGGCCUUGUUCUACUGGUGUGACACUGUGAGGUGGUGGUGUGAUUCGCUCUGCUGCCGUCCUAAUAAAUACUUGUUACUUAAUCAAAUCGCUGGUCUUUCUGGUGGGGGUGGUGGGGGCUGGCCAGCUUCUUCAAACAAAGGCUGACAUGUGGGACAUAUGUUGCUCAUACGUCCUUCACGUCAAGAGUGCACAGCCCGCGGUGUGUUGGAAGGAAGGGUGGACGCUGAUGUUGGGGAAUAUGGGCUGGAGGUAUGGGAAUUCGGGAGUCAGAUGGGUUCAGAUCCUGGCUCUCUGCCUUCAGAAAGUUGUGCAGCCUCCCUGAUCUUCUCUCUCUUUAUCUGUGAGAUGGGGACUAAUACACAAACACAUGCACAUGCACGCUGAUUGUUGUGAUGACUGAAUGAGUUCAUACAAUUGUUUAGAACAAUGCCAGGUACAGAAUUAAUGAUUCAACCUUGUUAACCACGUAUACAUUUCAACAGCCACUGUUACUGUGUUGUGAUGGUUAAGUUGAUGUGAAAACUUAGCUAAGCUAACUUAGCUGGUGCCCAGGUAUUUAGUUAAACAUUCUGGAUGUUUCUAUGAAGGUGGUUUUUGGAUGAGAUUGACAUUUAAAUCAGUGGACUCUGAGUAAAACCCAUUGUCCUCCAUACUGUGGGUGGGCCUCAUCCAAUCAGUUGAAGGCCUCAAUGGAACAAAGACUGACCUCCUUCAAGCAAAAAGGGAUUCUGCCGAUGGACAGCCUUUGGACUCAGCUGUGACUCUUCCCUGGGUCUUGACAGCCCGCUGGCCUACUCCGCUGAUUCUGCACUUAACCAAGCCUAGAAGAUGGUGCAAGCAGUGUCCUUACAAUAAAUCUGUGUAUGCUGUUG